AUGGUGCAGCCACAAGGCACCGGGGCGCGGAUAGCGGCGUCAGUGUCAACUUGUAAUCCAGAAAACUUGGGGGGACUUGGGAAAUUUUCAACUUCCCCGGGAAGUGGGAAUGAAAGACAAACCGGCUCUGCUCUGUGUGCAUCGAGAGCUGAUCACUCAGAAGGCAAGAGUGCCAUAUGUUGCACUUCAUCCCUUCCUUUCUGCAGGAUCAUUUGGCCCAAUGAGACCGGCCCCAGGAGCCGCCUUGAUGCCACUCUGCCUCUAACAGGAUCGGUUCCCCCGCGUCCUUCAUCAUGGUGCUCUCUUCAGCAAUGUGUUGCUCUGGUGAAAAAGCCAUUCUGCUGCUUUCCCCAGUCCUCUGUGGAGAGACCAACAAAAGGAGGAGAGCCUAUUCUUUGGCUGCCGCCAAUCCUGGGCCUGUCCCCGAUCUUCUGGGUGUUAAUUCUUUCCAGCAUCCUGUUAUGUCUCGCCGCACACUUCCUCGCUUCCAAAGUCUGCGUAACAGUCUUCGUUGUACUUCUCUGCCUCAUUGGUCUGUCUCUUCAUGAGUUUUCACAUGCAGUCGCUGCUUUCGCUGCAGGGGCCGAAGGAGUCCCAGAAUCCGGUUACCUGACCUGCGACCUGAUGCGCUACAUGGGGCUUGGGGAUAUAGCAAUAGCCGUGUUCUUCAUUGUCUUCGGUGGUCUGAGCAUUCCAGGAGGAAGAGUAUAUCUAGAUGUAAGAGUAUUUGAGAAAGCGACAGCGUGUGCUUGGGCGCUUUCCUCCCUUGAUGCACACUCAAGCCUACAUGGCACUUCUCUGCCUCUUCCAAUCGUCGGCUUCAUAUGCUUCAUAUUUCUGCAGUACAUGGCGUUCAUCAUAAACCUGCUCCCUCUUCCGCCCUUUGAUGGCUGGCAGGCGCUCUCUCCUCAUCUGCCAGAUGGUUGCUUUCUUAAGAAGCUUUUGCGAGAAAGUCACUUGGCCCGCAGCUUGUCACUCUUGUUCUCAACGGCCAUUGUGUACCUCUCUAUCUCACUAGUAAGCUAA